UAUAACAAAACAAACAAACAAAAAUUACACAACACAAAAAGUACACACACUAUGGGUAGUCUACCUAAUUUACAUGAAUUAUCACGUGAUAGUGAUUCUGAUGAUAGUCCAGAAUUUCGGCAUACAGCACCAAUAACUGGAGCACAUCAAGUGAUUGUAAACGAUGAACGUUUAAAAUUUGUAACACGUCAAUUGAGUAAUCAAGUUAUGAAAGUACAACAGCCUGGUUCAUUAUCACAUGUGAAUCAGCAUUCAACGGCUAUUAAACAUAUACAUCGUGGAUUAGGCAGAACGAGAAGUAACGGGAAUCAUAAUCAUUUAUAUGAUGGGAAUUUAUUGAUGGAGCAAUGUACAGCAUAUUCACCAAUGAUGACCCGAUCAACAAGAACAUUAUCCCACCAUCAAACACAAAUCAAUAGUAUACAAUCGGGUCGUCGGCGUGAAUCAAUGAGCAGUUCAAUUGGUGCAACAAGUGUACGACGAUUAAUUGGUGUUGUGCGUAAUCCAAACAGUCGUUUAGGCCCGGUUUACAGUCGACAAAUAUUAAUAAAAAAUUUACUAACACUAUGUACAACACAUUUAUUAAUAAGUGCAUCAUAUUUGCCUUUAUUAGCAUUACAAAGUUCAAUAUCAGCAUGGCAUUGGCCAUUAAAACAUAGUUUUAUAACAAAUUUAGAUUUAGGUUCAAUAUUAUUAGCAAUCCUAUACAUAUUUGCUGCAUUCUCAGCAUUAAUUUCCCCAUUAAUAGUGCAAAAAUGUGGUACAAGUAUGAUAUUCAUUUUAGGUUAUGUCAUAUUUAUUAUAUUUUUCGCUGUACAUUUUUUCCCAAUUGUCUAUGUACUAUUUCCCGCUUAUGUAUUGUUAGGUUUAAUAUUAGGUCCAAUAUCAUUAAGUCGUGUUACAUUUGUUAUGACUCUAUCGUCAAAAAUGAGUUAUAUAGCAACGGAAGAUGAAGAGUUGGAUGAACAUAAACAUAUGGAUUCGAGGCGGACAUGUUUGAUACGACGUGUUGCGCGUGCUUUGCAAGGGGCUCAAGAUAUUGGUCUAAUUAUUGGUUCAAUUAUUACAGCAAUUUUAAUAUCAUAUACAUUUCAAAAUGAUAAUAUGAUGUUGCUCAAUAGUACGAAUUCCUCGUUACCCACAAUGAUGAAUUCUACGAUCUCGACUUCUUAUAAACAAUCAAAUUUAACAUAUUUGGAGAACAUAACCUCAUCAUGUGAUAUUAGUUGUCAAAAUAAUAAUAAUAUAAGUAAUAAUAAUAAUUUAGUUAAUACGUCAUCAAUGAAUAACAAAAUGGUGGACUUAAAUGAUGCACCUAUGGUGUACUAUUAUGCGUCAUACGAUGAUUUAUUUGAUUUGGAUGAUAGUGGCGCAAGGAUUUGUGGUUCGAAAUCAUGUCCCAUAACUUUAUACUUUAAUUUUAAUAUUUCGGAACGUGGUAUAAUUGAUAGUUUUAUUUAUAUUCUACCAUUGAAGACGUCAGCCAUUUUGAUUUCGAUUUAUUUGACAUUUACAAUAAUCUCAUUCGUAUUGGCAUGUGUUGGAUUGGAUAAAAUACAAUUAUACAUACAUCAAGAUCCUUUAGAAAGAUCGUUGACACUGGCUGCACUUAGAGCAAUGAAAGAGACGUUCAAAGAUUCGAAAUUGCAGCUGUCUGCAACUUUAGCGGUGUUUAUUGGAUUGGAACAAGGAUUUAUGUAUGCGGAUUUUAGUAAGUCGUACGUGAUGUGUUCGUUAGGUAUCUACAACAUAAAUUUGGUAUUCCUAAGUAUGGGCUUACUUCAAUCAUUGGCUGCGUUCACCUUAAGUAUGCUACUGCGAACAAUUCAACGCUACAUUGUAAUAGCGGUUGGAACAGCUUUUCAAUCUUUGCUCAUAAUGGUGUUAUUAUUGUGGAAACCAUCUGGAGACGAUCCUGCUUUGUUUUAUGUAAUCUCUGCAUCAUGGGGUGUAUGUAAUGCAAUUUGGGAAAUGUUAAAUUUCACAUUAUUAACAAAACAUUAUUCAGAAAAUUGGGAGCCAGCAUUUGCAAAUUCAAUAUUUUUUCGUUUUUUGGGUUUAGCAUUAGCAUUUGGUGUACAUGGUCUAUUAUGUAAUUGGAUAAAAUUAUAUUUAUUAGCAUUAGUAUUAUUUAUUGCGAUUGUACCAUAUACAUUCUUAGAAAUACGAUUAGAAAAUACAAAAAAAUUAAAAAGUAUCAGUCGUUUAUGA